GGGAAGUUGUGUGCACAGGCUGUACAUAGCUCACGCUGCUAGCACUACAUUUCACCAGAGCUCCCCAGAUUGCCUGUGCAGCAAAACCAAAGAGCUAAGAACAAUAUGCCCAUUGUAAAAUAUCCUAGGACCGUAGAGCCUCUCUGGAAUGAAUGGGACAGGAAGGCACAGAAGUGUGGAUUAAGACAUACAAUUUAUGCUGUCAAUAGGGAUCACUAUACUGGCGAAUGGUUGGACAAUUUGAAGCAUGGUAAAGGUACACAGACCUGGAAAAGUACAGGCGCAAUAUAUAAUGGUGACUGGAAGUCUGGAAAACGGGAUGGAUAUGGAACAUAUAGCAUUCCUGACCCUGUAACUAAAGAAUACAAGAAAGUGUAUUCAGGCUGGUGGAAAAAUGACAAAAAAUGUGGCUAUGGAAUUAAGUUUUACUCGGACAUGGAAUAUUAUGAAGGGGAAUGGAGUGGUGGGAAAAGAAGCGGCUGGGGCAGAAUGUACUACAAGGAUGGAUCCAUCUAUGAAGGACAAUGGUUGGAAGACCAACACAGUGGCCAAGGAAUGCUUCGCUUAACAAAUGAAAAUCGGUAUGAAGGAACAUGGAAAGAGGGAAAAAAACAUGGCCUAGGAAAGUUUUUCUACCUGAAUAAAGGCCAGUUGUUUCAGGGUUUCUGGGUAGCAGAUAUUCCGAAGUGUGGAACUAUGAUUGACUUUGGAAGAGAAGAAGCUCCUACUCCUACACAGUAUCCAAUACCCAAGAUUGAACUGGCCAAUCCAGGUGAUGUUUUGGAAGAGGCCCAGGCAAUGCUUGAUGACAGCCAAGAAUGAGAACAGGCUGCUGAUAAAGAUAUGAGAAAAGAACACAAGACUCAUUGUUACUUCUUCAUUUGAAUCAUCUUUUUAGAUCCAUGGUAUAUGAGACGGUGUGUUUUGUAAAGCAGAGAAGCAGCACCAAAGCCACUUUGGUCUCAAGAAAUUAAUUAGUUUCUCAAAACUGCCACAAUGUAAACUUCAUUCUGUAUUUCUAUUUGGACAGGAUCCAUUUUACU